AUGGCCCCAGAACCUUUGGUAACCCAUAUAUAUACGGCAGACCCUUCAGCACAUGCCUUUGAAGGCAAGAUCUAUGUGUACCCUUCUCAUGAUCGGGAGAACGACAUCACAUUCAACGACAAUGGCGACCAAUACGACAUGGCUGACUACCACGUUCUGUCCCUCGAAGAGAUAGGUGGGCCCGUCACCGACCACGGAAUAGCACUCAAAGUGGAUGACAUCCCAUGGGUGUCCAAACAGCUCUGGGCACCGGAUGCAGCAUUCAUCAACGGAAAAUAUAUGCUUUACUUCCCAGCCCGCGACAAGGAAGGGAUCUUCCGCAUCGGCGUCGCAGUGAGUGACAAACCAGAGGGACCAUUUACACCAGACCCCGAACCCAUCAAGGGCACCUAUUCCAUCGACCCAGCCAGCUUUGUCGACGAAGAUGGCCAAGCUUACCUCUACUUCGGAGGCAUAUGGGGCGGGCAGCUGCAGUGCUGGACGUCCGGGGAAUUCGACAACUCACAAUCCGGCCCUCACGAGCCGCAGGGCACGGAUAAGGCAGCGCUCCUCCCCCGCGGCGCGAAGAUUUCCCCAGACGGGCACUCGCUCGCCUCGGACGUCCAGGAAUUGCAAAUCCUCGACGAAGCAGGUGAACUGCUCGUGGCAGACGACCACGACCGCCGGUUCUUCGAGGCCGCCUGGAUGCACAAGUACAAGGGGAAGUACUAUUUCAGCUAUUCUACCGGCGACACGCACUACAUCGCUUAUGCGGUAGGAGACAACCCGCUCGGACCGUUCACAUACGGCGGACGAAUCCUAGAGCCUGUGAUCGGGUGGACGACGCAUCAUUCGAUCGUCGAGUUCAAGGACAAAUGGUAUCUUUUCUAUCACGAUUCGAGCCUGAGUAAGGGUGAGAGUCAUUUGAGGAGUGUCAAGGUUAGGGAAAUCGUGUACGAUGACAAUGGGAAGAUAAGUCUCGCGGAGAAGCAAUAG